GCCGCCGUGACGUCAGCGGGCGCACCGCUCGCAUUGGCCGCUGCAGCGGGGCGGGGGUGGAACCGGGCGGGUCGCGCGCUGCCUGAGGCCAGGCGGCGCGGCCCCUCAGGCCGCCAUGGUGGGCGGGGCUGCGGGCGGGGGUCCCGCGGGGCUCCGGGGGCCGCGGGGGAGGGGGUCCCCUGCCGGCCUCCGGCCGCGGCCCGGACAGCCCCAGCUGAAGAAGAGGGCGGCUCCCUCAGGGAACUCCUCACCUUCCCGCUCCCCGCCCCGCAGCGUGCCUCCCGCCCGCCCGCCCGCGGGCGCCAAACACUGCUUCUCACACAGAGUCAGCGAACAAGCCUGUCCUCGGGUUUCGAGGGAAGCCGCAUCUGACUGCAGAGGCGGGAGGGCUGGCCUCCAAACCAGCCUCGGGCAGCUCCAAACUGACGCACAGGGCCGCGUAGGAUAGAUUGGCAGAGGCGGCUCUGGAGGCUGGAGGCUGCCCUGGCUUUCGUGCUCAUCUCGUAGCUCUCUGCUGCUCUCUGCUGCCCAGCAAUGCUCCCGCUGCACCUCGCUCUGAGGAGGAAAUCAGGCAGCCCUGAACACGGAAAACAAGAGCAAGUUCAUCACUCCAGGAAUGUGUUAGUUUUCACCGCGUGAAUACUGCACUUGCAUGCCUCAGGGGCUGCGGCAGCGCUGAAGGAACAGAAAGCUCAGUGCUGUAUUGGCACGAAUACGCGAUGACUGGCUCAGAAGGCAGGAGGAGGUCACCAAAGCAGCUGCGAUCCCGCUGGCACAACCACCUUUUCAGUCUUCUCCCACCACAAAAAAAAAAAACAAACCAGACAAAAUUGCAUGGGGGAUAUUUACAGCCAUGGGAUAUCCCCCAAUCAACAGGCCCAACAGCUCUUUCCUCCGACCUGGGAACCAGCAGUAACUCCACGAUACUCAUCACAGGCAGAAAAGUUCUCUGACAAUGUCUCCUAGGAGCACAGAAAGCCCUGACAAGUAUUUUGUCUUAUGGUGCUGUGCAUACCCUCUGUGGUGUAUUUGCCAUGGGCUGUUGCCUGUUUCUGCAGCACAAAUAUCACAUUGUCUCCGAACUGGCUUCCACUGUUACCGGUUUUCAGCAGCAACAGGCUUUUCCCUGGAAGGAAUUUGAGAAAACAUAGAGCUCUGUAAGGGUUUCCUGAUGAAUUCGCUCCCCUGUUGCUCUCCUGGAAGAAGAGAGGAGUGACCCCACCUUUUCCCCUCUGCAGGACGCGCUUUGCAAUCGGCCAACUGUCUGGGAAGAAUCGUCAUUUGGCUUUGCGGCCUGGACAGGUGCAGGGAACAGGACCCAUUGACUGGACCACCUUCCCAUCUGAGAUCAUGCUGCAGGGCUCACACUUGAUUCCAUGAGAUUUUGGACCUCCAGCCCCCACCAGGACUGCCCUCGUCAAGCAGAUGUUGGUGGGAGAGGAAUGGUGUUAAUCCCCAGCGCUGUCGCCUUCGCUGCCCGGAACUGUUAAGCCUGUUGGACAGUUGCCCUGCUUGGACAGGGACUGGUGCCGCUCUGUUGUGGUUUUGACUGAGAGUCAGGAUGAAUAAACCAAUGCAUUGAAGGUCAUCGUCCGGAAAGAUUGUAAUCCUCAUUAAUAAGGAAAGUAAGAAAAUGUAGUGGGACGGAGGCAAGGACGAGAAGCCCCGAGCGAGCGCUGGGACGAGGGCCUCCGGGCAGGACGCCCCUCCCUGCCGCGCGGCCUCACCAUGUCCAAGAAGGGUGCCAGCAGCCGAGCUAGGGGGGAGAAGCCGGACGCCUUGGCCGCCUUGCAGGCAGCCAAUGAAGAGCUCAGGGCCAAGCUCACCGACAUCCAGAUAGAGCUCCAGCAAGAAAAGAGUAAGGUCAGCAAGUUGGAAAGAGAGAAAAAUCAGGAAGUUAAGCAGAUCAAAGAGCACGAACAGCAUAAAAGUACAGUGGUGGUAACAGAGCUCAAAGUCAAACUUCAUGAAGAGAAAAUGAAGGAGCUCCAAGCUGUUCGAGAAGCACUUUUGAGACAGCACGAAGCUGAACUACUUAGGGUAAUAAAAAUUAAAGAUAAUGAAAUCCAGAGACUACAGACCCUUCUCAAUGCUGUACGCGAUGGGGCUCCUGACAAGGUGAAAACGGUGCUGCUCACGGAGGCGAAGGAGGAGGCCAAGAAGGGGUUUGAGGUUGAGAAAAUAAAAAUGCAGCAAGAAAUUUCAGAGCUGAAGGGGGCUAAGAAACAAGUGGAAGAGGCUUUAACGAUGGUCAUCCAAGCUGACAAAAUUAAAGCAGCGGAGAUAAGGAGCGUGUAUCACCUGCACCAAGAGGAAAUCAGCAGAAUUAAGAGGGAGUGUGAGAGAGAAAUUCGUAGACUGAUGGAGGAGAUUAAAUUUAAAGACAGAGCAGUCUACGUGCUGGAGAGAGAGUUAGGGGUUCAAGCCGGGCAUGCUCAGAGACUGCAGCUCCAAAAGGAGGCUUUAGAUGAACAACUUUCCCAGAUCAAAGAGUCUGAUCGGCAUCUGAGCAGCCCCAAGCGGGAACUUCCUUAUGCAAGUGGUGCAGGAGACGCUUCAGAUCAUUCGGGAAGCCCCGAACAGCAGUUGGAUGAAAAGGAUGCCCGGCGUUUCCAACUUAAAAUCGCUGAGCUGAGUGCCAUCAUCAGGAAGCUGGAGGACCGGAACGCGCUGCUGUCGGAGGAGAGGAAUGAGCUGUUAAAACGUCUUAGAGAAGCUGAAAGUCAGUAUAAGCCCAUUUUGGACAAAAAUAAACGCCUUAGUAGGAAGAAUGAAGAAUUGUCACAUGCCUUACGUCGAAUGGAAAAUAAAUUAAAAUUUGUAACACAAGAAAAUAUAGCAAUGAGGCAAAGAGCUGGCACAAUAAGGAGACCGAGCUCUUUAAAUGACCUUGACCACAGCCAGGAAGAAAGAGAAGUUGAUUUCCUGAGACUACAAGUUAUUGAACAGCAAAAUAUCAUCGACGAACUCUCCAAGACACUGGAAACUGCUGGCUAUGUGAAGAGUGUCAUGGAACGUGAUAAGCUGUUGAGGUAUAGGAAGCAAAGGAAAAAAAUGACAAGAAUUCCUAAGAAGCCGGUUGUGGAGACGUUUUUUGGCUACGAUGAAGAAGCUUCCUUGGAGUCUGAUGGUUCCUCUAUCUCGUACCAAACUGACCGGACAGAUCAAACCCCUUGCACUCCUGAAGAUGACUUGGAGGAGGGCAUGGCCAAGGAAGAGACAGAACUGCGGUUUCGGCAGCUGACGAUGGAGUACCAGGCUCUGCAACGAGCAUACGCCCUAUUGCAAGAACAGGUCGGAGGAACAUUGGAUGCAGAACGAGAAGUUAAGACACGUGAGCAGCUCCAAGCAGAAAUACACCGAUCUCAGGCUCAGAUAGAAGACCUGGAGAAGGCCCUCGCUGAGCAGGGGCAGGACAUGAAGUGGAUUGAGGAGAAGCAAGCAUUGUAUAGAAGAAAUCAAGAACUGGUAGAAAAGAUAAAGCAAAUGGAAGCCGAGGAAGCUCGCUUAAAACAUGAUGUCCAGGAUGUUAAGGAUCAAAACGAGCUCCUGGAGUUCAGGAUCUUGGAGCUUGAAGAGAGAGAAAGACGAUCGCCUGCCAUCAACUUCCAUCACGGUCCUUUUACAGAGGGGAAAAGCCCUCUCCAAGUGUACUGCGAGGCAGAAGGUGUAACAGACAUAGUAGUAGCAGAGCUGAUGAAAAAAUUGGACAUUUUAGGGGAUAACGCCGUAAGUAAUCUGACCAACGAAGAGCAAGUAGUUGUCAUACAAGCAAGGACAGUUCUCACAUUGGCUGAAAAGUGGCUACAGCAGAUAGAGGUGACGGAGUCUGCGCUGCAGCAGAAGAUGCUGGAUCUAGAGAAUGAAAAGGAGCAGUUCAGCAAGCAGAAGGGCUACCUGGAUGAUGAGCUCGACUUCAGGAAACAGUCCUUGGACCAAGCUCACAAGCAAAUUCUGGAAUUAGAAGCCAUGCUCUAUGAUGCCCUGCAGCAAGAAGCUGGAGCCAAAAUUUCCGAACUUCUUUCAGAAGAGGAGAAAGAGAAACUGAAGAGUGCCGUAGAGCAAUGGAAGCGGCAGGUGAUGAGCGAGCUCCGGGAGAGGGACGCCCAAAUCCUGCGAGAAAGGAUGGAGCUCAUUCAACACGCGCAGCAGAGAAUUAAAGAGCUAGAAGAAAGAAUUGAAGGCCAAAAAAGACAAAUAAAAGAGUUAGAGGAAAAGCUUUCAUUCUUUGGUCAUAGUCCUUCAGGCCACACACAAAAGCCUACUGAGGAAGCUCGAAUCGCUUCUACUGUUAUUAACAGGAAGACAGCACUGAAUACCAAGACAGAAAUAGAGACAUUGCCAUUUCGAAAACCCCAGAUAUCUCUCAUAUUUUGCUACUGGCAAUGGAAGGUGCAAUCUUUCUGACCCUUUCAGACUGAAGCUGAACUAGGGUAUGUGGAAAUUUCUGCACAGGCGGCACCUGGACCACUGAAACCUCAGACUGAACAUUUUGAAAAGCUAGAACUAAGUCAACAAAGAAGAAAGCCAAAAACCCCCUCCCUCUCCUACAGCCACAGGCUCCUUCCCGGAGUCCUGGCUCUGCUGCUUGAACUGACUUUCAGUGGAAGUCCUGGCUCUGCUGCUUGAAAUAGCUCUCAGCUUUAUGUAAGGAGCAGUAUUCUAAUUCAGAUAAACUGAAUGCAUUUUCAUUCCCUGCUAAGCAGGUAGUAAAUUGCUUCUCUGUAGAAGUGACCGUGUCCGGUUUUAUAUGUCACGCAUUUAUAUUUGUUAUUCAUAGUCAUUUAAAAAUCUGUCUGAAAGAAGAUUUUAGGAAGAGAUCCAGAGGAGUAACUCUCGAAAAGAUUAAAUGUGAAUGAAAAUGAAGUGUUUUGUUCCAAGGUAUUUCUUCAUAACACAGCGUGUGUCCAGUGGUUGGUUGAAUAUCCUGCAAGCCCAGUUUUAGGGAAAAACGUGAAGCUAUGUUUGAACCCUUCGAGAAAUCAAGUUGUAAUUUUGGGGGGAGUUUUUGGUAGACCAUGGCCCACAGCACGGUGAGAAAAGUGGCACAAAAAUUUAUCAUUUGCUGUCCCUAAAUGAUGACAAAAGACUUAACAUUGUCCCAACAAAACGUUCAACCUGGAAGAGUGAAUGGCAAACAUGUUGUCCCUGAUCUGCACUCUGGGCUGGGGGAGGCGGCAAAAGGCAACAGAAGAUUUUAUCACCUUGAGGCAAGGGAGCCCGAGCCCAGGAGGCCGGCACAGGAGCCGGGAAGGGAAAAUGCAUCCUCUAGAAAAACAGGUGAAGGAGGGGAAAUGCAGAAGAAAUCCCACCAGUGUGAGUCGCCAAGUGGGAACUGCAGACGAGUGCACAAGCCUGGGCUGUGGAGGAAGGGCCAGAACAAGCUCCCGUCUGCAGCUCCCCACAGCUGCAGCAUCACGAAGGUCCCCGAGGCGCAGGAUGCGGGUGGGACCUGCCCGUCCCUUGGAAGCAUGGGGCAGGAAGCAAACCCAGAGCUCCUGACAGGUACCUGCACCGCUCCCAAAACUUGUGUCGAGUUUAUAAAGCUACGAAGAAAAUCCCUCGAUACUGAAAUUCUAAAAAUUCUCCAGAUACUUGUACAUCAAUGGUCUGUUUUAAACCAGGCAGCGUAAACAGCAAAGGGAGCUAAACCACCAAAACGUAAGAAAAUGAAUUGUUCAGAAAAGUGGCAUAUUUGUAGCGAAGUAGUAUGACCUUGUAAGCCAAAGGUUACGGAUUUUGGUAUCAGCAUAUGAUUAUAUUACAAAAGCAAUUUAACAAACUCCAAUUCUACCAGAUGCAAAUACCAAUAUCGGGAUUACAUUGAUGAGCUACAUUUUCACUUCUGCAUUUCGUGCUUAAAACAUGUGUCCGUUCUGAGUUCUACUUAAAUAUUUAAGGUCUUAAAGUGUAUUAUUUACCUGGAAGAACUGCAAACAAUAGUUGAGGCGACCGCCUGCAGUCCAAGGCACUGCCGAACUCUCGCCGGACGCCUGCAGGACGCCCCGUGCUGGCACCUCUCCCAGCGCCUGAAGGGAAAGGCCCGAGGACGCAGCCCCGGGGCACGGGAAUGCGGGAGCCGCUGGGGGCGAACGUGGGGGUCCCGGGCGCUGCCGGGGCCUGGGCACGGGGCCGGCCAGCGCGUUUGGAAGCGGCGUGGAUGCCUUUCGCCGCUGUUCGCUCACUCAGGCCAUGCUUUUGCACGGUGUGUGCAUGCGUCUAGAAUUUCGGUUCCGUUUUCCCAUUAAUUAGGCUUUCUUAAUCACGGCGGGUUUUUUUUAAUUACAAAGGUAACUGUACAGGACAGGUACACGUGUAAAUAAGGGAUUAUGCUUAUGUAUAUGUCAAUAUUUGUAUGUAAAAAGAUGUGUACAUAGGAAAGAAAAAAAUGGCUCAAAGAAUGUUUUCAAAACUGUUUCUUUCUUACAAAUGCACAAAUGGGAAAUUUAUGUAAAUGUGCUCCUUGAUUUCAGCGUAAGGGUUUUUGCUCAAUUUUCAGUCACUUUGAGUUUGAUCCAGCUGGGAUUUUGUACGUCGGUUUGUACGAGUCCCUGACCGUGGCACGGAGCCAUUCUGGAGACGGUGCCACCCUUCGCCCACGGACGAGCUGUGUCAGAUCCCGUUUGCCGUCUCCUCACCUCUGGGUCUUGCGCGUCUUUUAAAAGCACGGUCUCAAAGCCACAGGACUGCGGCAUGGGGGGCACUACCCUAAUCUGGGGCUCUGUCCUGCAGCCCCUCCGUCCCUCGGCGCAGGUGUGAAGCAGCAGAGGAAGGUGGGGUUUCCACCCGGGGAGGGACCCCAGCCAUUCCCGGGCUGGCGAGCGCCCGCUCCUCGGGGAAGCAGCGCAAGGCAGGGGCUGCCAGCGCCUCCCGUUCCUCACCUGAAUUUUUUAGAAAUAGAAAAAAAAAAUCUUUUAGAAAUUCCCCAGAUUUCCUUCAAAUAGCGACACGACGGGGGGCGGAUAAACCAAGCGCAUGACGGGGUGCGUGGCUGACAGAGCUCGGCCGCUGCCCUUCGCCACGGGGGCCGGCGCAGCGGGUGCAGACGCGCUCCCUCGGAGCAGCGCAGGGGUGCGAGAGGGUCCCUGCCCGGGCGGGCACGGGCCGGCUGCCGCCUCCGCGCCGCGGCGCGUCUGAACUGGCACCCGCUGGCAUUGCAGCUCCCUCUGCCAACAGCCGAGCGUUGUGCGUUUCGGGCCUGUACUUCUUGUUCAAGCUGUCGGAGGACUGUGGCUAUUAUUUAAAGUGUUCUGCCCUAGUAAUAUCUGUAGCCUUCAGCGUACCCUCGAGUGCCUUACACAGCGUGUGAACAAAGCUCCUGACCGUGAGGAGAGAGGGCACCGCCAGUCCCUCGGGGGGGACCGAUGCCAAAGCCCUUCGCAUCCCGGACGCCUCCACCCGCGGCGGGCAGCGUGCGUUAGCACAGGCAUGGGUUUAGUUUAGACUCAGGAAAUCGUAUUGUGAAUAUGUGUAUUAACCCUGUACUUACCUAUUGUACAUUUUAUAAAAAGGAACUAUUGUAAACUUAUGCAAAAGGUAAACCAGAGAAAAUGUUUGGUUUUCUUUUUUUUCCCAAUGGCCGGUGUGCCGUGACUUGUGUUCUGAUAUAAUCUCCUAAUAACCGUAUCCUAAAUGCGUAACGUUUGGUUCAGUGCUGAAACAGUGAUUGACAGGCCUAAAAUAGGGCUGGAUUGGUCAAUUACAGAAUUUUACACAUAUUUUUGUAUUGUGAUUCAUAUGCUAUAUAUCAAGAGACUUUCUAUUCAUUUGUAAAAUACAUAAAGUAUUGGAAACUUUUAAUAAAAAGACCUGUUUUAAACCUU